GCGUAGACAUCCCAGAUAACGAUAUAAAUUUGUCGUUUAGAUGUGGACUUUUUAUUUUACUGCUAACUACAGUGGACUAUGUGAUCAGUGUUUUCAUGUGUGUAAUUAAAGCUGUUCUAUUGGCCUCAUGAACUCGGAAUUCAAACAGCAAAGGGAACAGAACGAGCUUCUACGAUCUUUGUUCGACUGCAUUUCAGGCCAUCCUCAACUGCUUAUCCACUCAUAAUUGAAAUGGUCACUAUAUGAAGUUCGUUUGUGAUCCCUCAGUGGUAGGCAGGCGGCUACAUGAAGACCUCGUACGACAGCGUGUCUGACAUACUUUCCACAAGUCCAUUUUGCCGAAAACAUGACUAUUCUACAUCUCAUUCUCAAAGAUGUCUUGCGAUCAAUCAAGGUCGACUGUACAUCAAAAUUCAUCUUCUGAGCCCAGCCUUCCAUCCAACGACGAGUCCGAGUACUUUCAAAAGUGGUCCCAGCAGAAUUUGAUUGAAUCUUGGGUAGAGAAUCAACACUGGCCAAAGGUAUUUUUUUGGAAUUAUGCCGGAAGACAAUUUGCUGACCGGACCCAAACCAAUCAGUCCCAACCGCGUCGGGCUCACAGCGUACAACAAGUCACCCUUAUCGCGGUGUGGAUUACGUCCAUUUUCUUACGGAUAAGAACAUUUUCUUCCACGACCACCCCCACCGCAUUACUAGCAAGAGCUCCAGUGAUUGCCAGUGUCUGCUUGCGCACAACCCUGUGCUGCCAAAAGAUACAUGGUUCAGUUCAGUGAUGCUUUGUUCGAGUCAACCUGCCAGCGAAUCGCAACCUACAGUGAGGCUGGCAUUAUACGUACAAUCACCGAGUUAAUUGUACCAUCUGCGGAAGGUGUAGUUUGCAAACAACAUGUCACGUUAUCCUAUCUUAUCGAAAGCUUUAAUGAAGGAUGGGACAAUUCUGUUCCCCUACACUAUCCCCAACCACAACCUGACCAUGCUGUGGGGUAUCCAAGAAAAUCAUUUUUCAAGACACCAGCUGGACCGCCUAGCGCCUUUCUUAGGAGGAACUGGGGAUAACUCCUACUUCAAGGGCACGAGCUAUAUUACCGAAGGUGAUUUGGAAGUGGCAGACCGCCAGAACGCGCAUUGCAUGGCGGUUUCUUUGCGUGGGGUAUUUGAACUCUUCAGGUGUAUCGGUCGGGUGAAGGAGCUCAACGUAGAGAUUUUGGGGUUUUCAAUUUCCCACAACCAUCGAUGUGUCAGAAUAUACGGCCAUUAUCCAGUAAUUGAAGAGGAUGCCAAGUAUUACCGUCAUCUUAUUAACUCCUUUGACUUCACAAACUUCGAUGGGAAGGAGAGGUGGACAUCUUAUAAGUUCGUUCUGGGCGUUUAUCAACACUGGGCGCCGUCCCAUCUCAGACGACGACUAUGUUCCGCAAUUGACGAGUUACCGGAUGUUGUCAUUUCCAGCGAGCCACAGAGACCGAUGUCCACAGUUCUGGAAAGCACUAGAGUUCCCCAAGCUGCUGGUGAUAUUGGCACUCAACGUUCGAGUGUUCCAUACUCCAUAGGAAGAAAACCUAGCCGUCCAGAAGUCUCUAACUCAUGAGAUAUCUCCGCUCAGGAACCCAAAGAAGAGACUAAAGUAUCAAAGAAACGUCUCCUGUCAUAAUCAUUUUUAGUCCAAUACCCGUUGCCCUUGUGUGUAUUUGACACCUUCGCUGUUGGUAGCUCGGACAAGGAAUCUAGGCCACCGAGAUAAAUGCCAACUCUAAUGCAUCUAGUUAUUCGAAGCCUUUUCGAGGGCCGCCAACAACCGGCAGAACAGCACUGAAUGGAGAAAAAAGAAGGAUAAAGAAGAAUAAGGACAAAAGAGAGUUUGGGAAGUGUGAAAAUGAGAAUGAACUAGGUGCCUAGUAUAUAGAUGACUAGGAUCACUACAAAAAGCUAAAGAAAAGAUAUGGAGCACUUAAGGAAAACUCCACAAGACGUUGCCCGCAAGCAACUAUAGUUACGAGAUAUGUAUGUUUCGAGAGAUAUCCGUGGU